AUUUUCUAAGAACGCACGUUGAUAAGAUCUUGUAUUUGUCGGUUGCACGAGAAAUUCGUCGCGAUAGGUCAAAACACACGUCGGCACGAUUUUCGGUGAGGUUUGCCGCGCGCCAUUCUAGCCUCGUAAUUUUUCGCCUAUGACGUCAUUUGUGAAUUACACAAGCGUCACCGCUCAGUCUGUUGUGGAAAAUUUCGUCGAAUCCAUGGCAGCGCGAACCGAGCUCUGUUUUUCCAAAUAAAAAGAAAAGAGCGAAUCGACGAAUUUUUAAGCUACGUGGUGUCAACCGGACGGGCCCCUAUUGACAGUGCUUUAUCCCGUGGAAACCACGUCCGAACGAAGUACACUUGCCCUGUUUGGUAGUAAUUUGACAGUCUGUCAAAAUGUCAAUGCAACAGUUUUGUUUGCGGUGGAACAAUCAUCAACCGAACUUCAUUUCGGUUUUCUCAAAUUUGUUGAACAAUGAGACUCUGGUAGAUGUGACACUGGCUGCAGAGGGCAGACACCUUCAAGCGCACAAAGUUGUAUUGUCCGCAUGCAGUACAUACUUCCAGUCAUUGUUUACCGUGAAUCCCUGUCAACAUCCAAUUGUCAUACUGAAGGAUGUCAAAUUCUCUGAUCUAAAAAUCAUGGUUGACUUUAUGUAUUAUGGCGAGGUAAACAUAUCACAGGAUCAGUUGCCAUCGAUCAUAAAGACUGCAGAAAGUUUGAAGAUAAAAGGACUGGCAGAAAUGCAUACUGCUUCUCUGACCAAGUGGCCGAGUAGUAGCAGCGAACCUGGAGGAGGGGAUCGUGGUGAAUCUUGUUCACCCAGCCCAUCUCCGUUAUCACCAUCCUUUCGCAGAAAAAGAUUAAGGAAGUCAUCUACAGGAUCAACAUCCGGAUCUGGCGAUAAACCGGAAGAAAUUAACGAAAUCACUUUAGUUGCUACAAAUAUUGUAAAACCAGAACCAUUAAUAGUUUCGCAAGAUGGUGGUGAAAAUCUUAGGAGACCCGUGAACACGAGUACCGAAUCCCAGGGCAGCAUCGACGAAGAUCAAAUAUCAAUUAUGAGCAAUAUGGAGAACAGUUCCGCGACAACACCGGCACAGAGCGACGGUUCAAUACAAGAUGUGAGUCAACAAACGGGCGGUAACGUGGCGCAGAGUUCAGUGUCUUCGCAACCACCUGCGCAUCAAGCCGUAUGCAGGCAAACAAUAGGUACCAAAAGGUGCAGACUCCUGACCCGUCAGCCACGCGUGAAGAAGGAACCGAAUCACCUGUCCCCGGACAGCGAGAUGUCCUCGCCUCACAUCGUCCCGUUGCCCAUACACGUCGCGACGCCGACGCUGAACCUACCCCAGACGUCCAGAAGCUGGGAAGAGUCGCGGAUCGCGUCGCCGCCGCAGCCACAGCCGAUUCUGGUGAACCAGCCAAGUCUGUUAACGGUGACCACAUCGACAAACCUGUUGACCGUGCCUCAACCCUCCUACCUGACGAAGCAACACUCUCACCCGCUCUUGUCUAGUCAGCAACAGUCCACCAGUGGCAACUACCUGAUCCACAGGCAGCACUCGAACCCAGAGUUCCCUGGCAGAACGACCAGUCCGUCGAUCGUCGUCGAGCCGGCGCCUCUCAUCAAAACCGAAGAGGAUAUCGCGGAGGAAUCCGGGUCAGCCACCACCGAGACCACCGCUGCCCUAGCGCCCGAGCUCAGAGUGAAAACUACCGAGCUCAGACGCAGCUCCUCGUCCCCUCAAACGACGAGCAGGGAAGCCAGAGAAAGCACAGGUGAUCAGCGUCUGGGCCACUGUCCAGUGUUGCGUCCAGGUCCCGCCUUGGGCUGCAAUCAUUGCUGGAACACGAUAGACGCCCACAACAGGAUACUCCGAAGGAAAACGAAGUACCACUGUCCGGAAUGCCAGAUCAAUCUCUGCAUCGUGCCAUGCUUUCAGGAGUACCACGAGCAACGCCGCGAGCUGAAGCUCAAGUCUCUGCCAAAAACUGGCUCCGUCUAAUGCGUCUCUAUUCAGCGCCUUGUCGCACAGGUCGCAACACGCUUUUCUCACACGUGAAACUGCGCAAAAUGCAGUCACUCUCACAGAAUCGAUUUUUCUGAACACUCUUAGGAGCUUCGCAGUUCGUUGAUCGAGAGAUAGUUUCCGAAGUGAAUUGUCGUUUGCCUUAUCGAAUGAUAUUUUGCGGGGAAGAUGAUUUGACUGGAUAACGAAAGUUCCUAAGGAUGUUAGUACGGCGACUCCAGCGACGAAUUGUUAUAGUUGUUGAACGCAGCCGUAACUAGGCGCAGAGAACUCGGGAUGAAUAUUUGUGAACUUGGCGAAUUCUGUAGCCAUUGUUCCCUUCGUCGCGCUUUGGGCGAUGCUCGUUUAGUAAAGUAUUGCUUGCAAGUAAUUGAUAAAAUAACUUUCUGACGACGAAAAGAAUUGUUGAGCGUGAGUGAUCGAUGAAUCUUGGAUCUAUUAAUUUUCUGCAGUUUGUGUGCGUGUGUCUUUUUCUUGAGUGAAGCGGGAAACUUUAGUCUUUUUAAACGAUAUCUUCUAUAUCUUUGUUGAACACAAUACACUUUUUAGUUAUUCCUCAAGUCAUUGUUUAAAAUUUUUUAGUAUCUUCUGUGUUUCAAGAAUAGCUCGUCGUCGAAAACAUAUGCAUUAAUAACGUAAGUGAAGGAGUAUUUCCUAUUUCUAAACCCGCGUUGACUCACACUAAUGCACUGGUGUUUUUGAUCAAGUGCUACUCUCGAAUGAAUUAAUAUUUUAACAUU